AAUGCCCGCCCUGCCCUCGCGCCCCCGGCACGCUGACAGCCGGGCCCACAGGCUCUGCACGCGCCGGGAUCGCGGUGCCCGAAGACGAUAUCGCGCCCCGACCCCGACACAGGCAACGCCACCCCUUCCUCUAUUUAUGCCUCGCACCGACCUCGACACGCGCAACCUGAUCUGAGCUAGCCAGCCGCGCUACACAACACAGCCCAGUGAUCAGUGCGUCGCUUUCUCGCUUUGGCACUCUGCCUGCUCACUGCCGCACUGCUGCGCUCGUAGUCACUUGCACUGCCCUGCUGCCCAAAGGAGGAUCUCUCGUAGUCAAUUAUCCUGAUCGGGGAGCUAUUAAGGGAGAGGAGGGAGGGGAGAAAUCGAAGGGAGUGUGAGCUGAAGAUCAAAGGAGACGAGUUGCUACUGUUGCUGCUCAGAGACGGGAGGGCGAUGGGGCGAUCGCCGUGCUGCGAGAAGGACGGGCUGAAGAAGGGGCCGUGGACGCCGGAGGAGGACCAGAAGCUGCUCGCCUACAUUGAGCAGCACGGCCACGGCUGCUGGCGCUCGCUGCCCGCCAAGGCCGGGCUGCAGCGGUGCGGUAAGAGCUGCCGGCUCCGGUGGACGAACUACCUCCGGCCGGACAUCAAGAGGGGCAAGUUCAGCCUGCAGGAGGAGCAGACCAUCAUCCAGCUCCACGCGCUUCUCGGCAACAGGUGGUCGGCCAUCGCGACGCACCUCCCGAAGCGCACCGACAACGAGAUUAAGAACUACUGGAACACGCACCUGAAGAAGCGGCUGGCCAAGAUGGGCAUCGACCCGGUCACGCACAAGCCGCGCUCCGACGCGCUCGGCGCCGCGGCCGGGGGUGCCGCUGGCGCGCAGCACGCCAAGGCCGCGGCGCACCUCAGCCACACGGCGCAGUGGGAGAGCGCGCGGCUAGAGGCCGAGGCGCGCCUGGCGCGCGAGGCCAAGUUGCGCGCGGUCGCCGCCUCGGUAUCGGCGCCGCACCUGCGUCCCCCCGCCGCUGCGCACGGCCUCGACUCGCCAACGUCCACGCUGAGCUUCUCGGAGAGCGCGGCGCUCGCCUCGGUGCUCGAGGCGCACGGCGCCGCGGCGGCGGCCGCGCGCGCGGCCAUGCAGCCCAUGCAGGCGUACGAGGAGGCGUGCAAGCAGCAGCAGCAGCAGCAGCAGCAGUGGGGCGACGUCGACGCCGCCGCGGACGCGGGCUUCGCCGGGGAGGGGUUCACGGGGCUGCUUCUCGACGGUUCCUUGAGCCAGGACCUGAGGCCAGCGGCGAGGGACGAGGAGGCGGACGCCGGCUUGCAAGAGACGGAAGAGGAGAAGAACUACUGGAACAGCAUACUGAACCUGGUAAACUCCUCGUCGGCGUCGGCGUUGCCGACGUCAGUGGUGGUGCCCGCGCCCGAGGCGUACUCGCGGGUGCCGGAGUUCUGACUGGUGAACUUGGACAUGUUCGCCUGCACACAGCCGGGCGCACGACACAGUAAAUAGUUAGCGGUGAUUGAGGAAUAAGGUGGAAUCAUGAUUGAACUACUAAUAUUAGUAGGUUAUCGCGUUCUUGGGUUAAUGUGACAAUACCUUGAUUAAACAUCUGAGCUAGAAGGCGGUAACGACUUUAGAAUUUGUUGCCUGUUUGUGUGGCCAACUUUCUUAUAGACUCUGUAAAAUUGUGACCAGAACAUCUCAUCUUGGGUCUGUAAUUCGACAACCAUCUUCAUCAGCAAUAUAGUGGAGCAAUCAAGUUGGAUUAUUGGACUCAAAAA